AUGUGUGCCGCUUUCCUCGCGGGGGCAUCCCCGCGCUCAGUGCAUGCCUUCUUUGCGCGCCCGCUGACCGGCGGGGAACCUGUGAGCCUGGGCUCACUGCGGGGUAAAGUGCUGCUCAUCGAGAACGUGGCGUCGCUCUGAGGCACCACCGUCCGGGACUACACCCAGAUGAAUGAUCUGCAGCGGCGCCUAGGCCCCCGGGGCCUGGUCGUGCUGGGCUUCCCAUGCAACCAGUUUGGGCAUCAGGAGAACGCCAAAAACGAAGAGAUCCUGAAUUCCCUCAAGUAUGUUCGACCAGGCGAUGGGUUCGAGCCCAACUUCACCCUUUUCGAGAAGUGCGAGGUGAACGGCGCACAAGCCCACCCACUCUUUGCCUUCUUGCGAGAGGCCCUGCCAGCGCCCAGCGACGAUACCACUGCACUCAUGACCGACCCCAAGCUUAUCACCUGGUCUCCAGUAUGCCGCAACGACAUUGCCUGGAACUUCGAGAAGUUCCUUGUGGGCCGUGACGGUGUGCCUGUGCGCAGAUACAGCCGCCGAUUUCCAACCAUUGACAUCGAAGCAGACAUUGAGGCUCUACUAUCCAAGGAGACCUAG